AUGGCAACAAGACCUGAAAAUAUAUGUCCUCCUGAAAUAUACUAUAAUCAGGAUGAAGCUGUUAAGUAUACUAAUUCUACAAGAAUUAUUGAAAUUCAAGAAUAAUUAACUGAAAGAUGCAUUGAAUUAUUAAAUAUACCUGAAGGCGAGGAUUAAUUAAUCCUUGAUAUUGGAUGUGGAAGUGGAUUAUCUGGAGCUUAGUUAAGUGAGCACAAUCAUCACUGGGUUGGUAUUGAUAUUUCAAGAGAUAUGUUAAAUGUAGCAGUAGAAAGAGAGAGCGAAGGAGAUCUCUAUGAAAUAGAUAUGGGAUAAGGAUUUAAUUUCCGUCAUGGUGUUUUUGAUUCUGCAAUUUCCGUUUCUGCUUUAUAAUGGUUAUGUGUAGCAUCUAAAAAGUCAUACAAUCCUGUUGCUCGUCUUAAAAAAUUCUUUUAAAGCUUAUAUAAUAGUUUGCGUGCAGGUGGAAAAGCUGUAUUAUAAUUUUAUCCUGAUGGAGCCUAAUAACUAGAAAUGAUUACAACUGCUGCUAUGAAGUGUGGUUUUGGAGGUGGUGUAGUCGUUGACUAUCCCAACUCUGCUAAGGCCAAGAAACUCUACUUAGUCAUUUAAGCUGGUGGUGAUACAAGAGAAUAAAAUAUAGUAAUGAUAAACGGAUUAGAAGACGAAAACGAAGAAGAAGCCAAAUUCAAUGCAGCUCAAAAGUAAAAGUAAAUUCAUAAAGCUAAAAAGCCAAAAAUAAAGAGCAAAGAAUGGAUUUAAAAUAAGAAGGAAAGACAAAGAGCAUAAGGAAGAGAAGUAAGACCAGAUAGUAAAUAUACCGGAAGAAAGAGAUCAGGUCCUUCCAAGUACUUAAAAUGA